AUGUCUGGAGAAAAAUCUGAAAAACUUGCUAUUGAUGCAAAUAAAGCUGCUAUAGUCUACCUAAAAGAAGGAGAGCUUAACAAGUGCUACGAUUUAUUGAAAAAAGCAGAAAAUGCGUUAAUCACAUGCCCUUUCAAAAAUUCCAAACAAUUGUUAGGGACCACAUGAAAUAAUUUAGGCUGCUUUUAUAAGAAAACUGAGAAUUAUAAUGCGGCUUUGUAUUAUUUUCGAAAAUCCUUGGAAAUCGGGAUAAAAGAAUCAGUUGACCCAGGGAAUAUCGCUUCGACUCAUCUAAAUAUGUGCACGAUUUUAUCACGUCAAGGAAACCAUGAGCCAGCGAUUGGCCAUGCAAAGCAAGCAAUGGAGAUUUUGAUACCAUUAUAUGAUAAAAGGCCAGAAUUAAUUGCUAAUUUGGUGCUGUCGUAUUUUAAUGCAGCUGUUGAAUAUGAACAUAUGAAUUUUAGGACUGAGUCUAUUGAAUAUUAUAAGCUUGGGCUGGAAAUUGCCCAGAAAUAUAUGGGAGCUAAGCAUCAUUUAACGAGCACUUUGAAGAAAAAUCUAGACAGGGUUAUGACAGCUAAGAGAAAUACGGCAAACAGAGUGAGGUCGAUUGAUCGAUCUAUUUCUCCUAUAGAAGAUGAAAAUUCUUUUAGUAGGAGAUGAAGAAAUAGCAAAUAUCUGAAAAACAUUGACGAUGAAGACGCAAUCGGAAAUCUUCCAACCUCAUUGAGUGUGAAAUCUCACAAGAACUCACAAAAAAAUCAAUUUACUAUGUACAGAAGACGGCAAAGUCUAAAUAAAUGGAGCAGCCAUAGAGCAAGCCCAAAUAAAUUUGAUUUUGAUGAAUUUUUUCCGGCAGAAAAACCGAAAUACGUACCGAAAAUACAGAAAAAUUUUGAAAAUAGUUUAGAUCCUGCCAGUGGCAGGGUAAGAAAAAAUAGAGAGAAAAGCAAUAAACAAUUGAAUAGGAAACCUUCUACUUUGAAAAUAGAAGCCCCAAAAAUAAUUCUGACAAAAGCAGAGUAUGAAGACGGAGGAAAGUUUUUACAAGAUAUACAGUAUAGAAAGAAAGAGUUAUAUCUGAGUAAAUGUGAUUUUAAAAAGCAUCUUGAAAAUGUGAAAAAAAUAAUAGAGGGAAAUUUACAGUCAAAUUAUUUAGAUACACAAAAAAACGGAGCCUUUACAUAUCAUUCAGCUAAGCUUAUAGGAAAUCCUGAAACUCCGCCUAGGCCAAGAAAAAUUGAUUUAAAGCCUCUAUUAGAGCAAUUUCCACCAAGGUCACCUUUAUCAAGAUUUGCCAAAGAAAAAGCCCGUGUAACGAAAAUCCAAUCACAUGUAAGAAAGCUAAUUGCUGUAAAAUCAUAUAAAAACUUAAAAAGCUCAGUUGUAAAAAUUCAAAGCUAUAUAAGAAUGUUUCUUAUCAGGAAACUUUAUAAAUCAAUUUUAAGUGCAGUUGUUUUUAUACAAUCUGUGUACAGGGGUCAUAGAGUAAGAAAGAACCUUAACUAUUUAUAA